GUUAUUUUCUGAUACUCAGUAUUUGUCAUGUACGUGAUCUGAUGUGAUUCAGUAGAGACGCGAGGAGCAGCUAUGAGUCUAACUGCAGCAGCAAGUGGAUUUGUUGUCUUCCUUCUCUCUGUACAAGUGAUACAGGGUCAGGAUGACUGGGGAGUGACUUACACCUCUACUGAGAUCUGUGCUGUAAAAGGAUCAACAGUGGACAUACGCUGCAGCUACACAUACCCAUCCAGAACAAAUGGCUAUUAUACCAAAGUUGAUAAAAAAUUCUGGUUUACAAUCGAGCAUGUGGAUCUGAAAAAAGACUCAAGUUACAAAGGUCGUGUGGAAUACCAUUUUAAUAUGAACUACUGCACUCUGAGAAUCAGAGACCUGAGAGAGAGCGACUCAGCUGAGUACAAGUUCAGGUUCACAACAAACCAUCCCAAUGCUUAUACUGGUUCACCUGGAGUCACUUUGUCUGUCACAGAUCCAGAUCUGCAGGUGCAAGUAAGCAGAUCGCAUUAUUACAGCCGACAACUUAAGUGUCACAGCAGUUGUGUUCUCCCUCAUAAUACUUACUACAUCUGGUACAAGAACGGACAGAAAAUUGGGGAAAGGACAUAUUCCUCAUAUUCAGGCUACAUUGAUUCUGCAGGCAGCUAUUCCUGUGCAUUGAGAGGAUAUGAGAAGUUCUCCUCUCCUUCGGUGUAUGGUCCAAAGCUUCCCUCUGUGUCAGUGAGUCCCUCUGCUGAGAUAGUGGAGGGCAGUUCAGUGACUCUGACCUGUAGCAGUGAUGCUAACCCAGCAGCUAAAUAUACCUGGUACAAGAAGACAGUAAACCCCAGACGUCUCAGUGAAGAACCACAGCUUGUCUUCAGCUCCAUCCAGUCCUCUGACUCUGGAGAGUAUUACUGCACAGCAGAGAACCAGCUGGGGAGGAGGACGUCUAAUGACUUCACCAUGGAUGUGAAAUAUGCUCCAAAGCUUCCCUCUGUGUCAGUGAGUCCCUCUGCUGAGAUAGUGGAGGGCAGUUCAGUGACUCUGACCUGUAGCAGUGAUGCUAACCCAGCAGCUACUUACACCUGGUACAAGGAGAACCAAACACUGUAUCAUGGAGAAAAAGGCAUUUAUCAUUUCAUCUCCAUCAGUUCUGAGGACAGAGGGACAUACCACUGCAAGUCUCAGAAUCAACAUGGACAGAUGAACUCUUCAUCUCUAUUUCUAGAUGUCCAGUAUGCUCCAAAGCUUCCCUCUGUGUCAGUGAGUCCCUCUGCUGAGGUAGUGGAGGGCAGUUCAGUGACUCUGACCUGUAGCAGUGAUGCUAACCCAGCAGCUAACUAUACCUGGUACAAGGAGAACCAAACACUGCAUUGUGGACCAGAAAACAUAUAUCUUUUCCGCUCUGUCAGCUUAAAGGACAGCGGGCUCUACCACUGCAAGUCUGAGAAUGAGUAUGGCAAGAACAACUCCACAGCUGUUCACAUAGAUGUCCAGUAUGCUCCAAAGCUUCCCUCUGUGUCAGUGAGUCCCUCUGCUGAGAUAGUGGAGGGCAGUUCAGUGACUCUGACCUGUAGCAGUGAUGCUAACCCAGCAGCUAACUAUACCUGGUACAAGGAGAACCAAACACUGCAUCAUGGACCAGAAAACAUAUAUCCUUUCCCCAAUAUCAGUUUAAAGGACAGCGGGAUCUACCACUGCAAGUCUGAGAAUAAGUAUGGCAAGAACAACUCCAAAGCUGUUCACAUAGAUGUCCAGUAUGCUCCAAAGCUUCCCUCUGUGUCAGUGAGUCCCUCUGCUGAGAUAGUGGAGGGCAGUUCAGUGACUCUGACCUGUAGCAGUGAUGCUAACCCAGCAGCUAAAUACACCUGGUACAAGUGGUAUGUUAACCUUCACCCUCCCAGUGAAGAACCACAGCUCGUCUUCAGCUCCAUCCAGUCCUCUGACUCUGGACAGUAUUACUGCACAGCAGAGAACGAGCUGGGGAGGAGGAGGUCUAAUGACUUCACCAUGGAUGUGAAAUAUGCUCCAAGAGUUCCCUCUGUGUCAGUGAAUCCCUCUGGUAAAAUCAUGGAGGGCAGUUCAGUGACUCUGACCUGCAGCAGUGAUGCUAACCCAGCAGCUAAAAAGACCUGGUACAUGGAAAACCAAAAAGUGCUUCAAGAAUCAGACGGUGUAUAUCAGUUCAUGUCCAUCAGCUCUGAAGACAGAGGGAAGUACUACUGCACAUCUGAGAAUCAACAUGGACGGAUUAACUCUUCAUCCAUUUUUAUAGAUGUCCAGUAUGCUCCAAAGCUUCCCUCUGUGUCAGUGAGUCCCUCUGCUGAGAUAGUGGAGGGCAGUUCAGUGACUCUGACCUGUAGCAGUGAUGCUAACCCAGCAGCUAACUACACCUGGUACAAGAAGACCAUAAACCCCAGAUGUCUCAGUGAAGGAUCACAGCUCGUCUUCAGCUCCAUCCAGUCCUCUGACUCUGGACAGUAUUACUGCACAGCAGAGAACGAGCUGGGGAGGAGGACGUCUAAUGACUUCACCAUGGAUGUGAAAUAUGCUCCAAGAGUUCCCUCUGUGUCAGUGAAUCCCUCUGGUAAAAUCAUGGAGGGCAGUUCAGUGACUCUGACCUGCAGCAGUGAUGCUAACCCAGCAGCUAAAAAGACCUGGUACAUGGAAAACCAAAAAGUGCUUCAAGGAUCAGACGGUGUAUAUCAGUUCAUGUCCAUCAGCUCUGAAGACAGAGGGAAGUACUACUGCACAUCUGAGAAUCAACAUGGACGGAUUAACUCUUCAUCCAUUUUUAUAGAUGUCCAGUAUGCUCCAAAGCUUCCCUCUGUGUCAGUGAGUCCCUCUGCUGAGAUAGUGGAGGGCAGUUCAGUGACUCUGACCUGUAGCAGUGAUGCUAACCCAGCAGCUAAGUACACCUGGUACAAGGAUGGAAACCCCAGAUCUCUCAGUGAAGAACCACAGCUUGUCUUCAGCUCCAUCCAGUCCUCUGACUCUGGACAGUAUUACUGUACAGCUGAGAACAAGCUGGGGAGGAGGACAUCUGAUUACAUCUCUAUGAAUGUGAAAUAUGCCCCGAAGCUUUCUCCUGUGUCAGUGAGUCCCUCUCCUGAUGUGAAGGAGGGCAGUUCAGUGACUCUGACCUGUAGCAGUGAUGCUAACCCAGCAGCUAAGUACACCUGGUACAAGAGUGGAAACCUCAGACCUCUCAGUGAAGAACCACAGCUUGUCUUCAGCUCCAUCCAGUCCUCUGACUCUGGACGAUAUUACUGCACAGCUCAAAAUGAACUGAGGACGUCUACAUCUGGAUCCAUCUCUAUCAGUGUGAAAUACGCCCCGAAGCUUUCUCCUGUGUCAGUGAGUCCCUCUGGGGAGAUCAGAGAGAACAGUGACCUGACUCUGACCUGUAGCAGUGAUGCUAACCCAGCAGCUACAUACACCUGGUACAAGAAAAACCGAAAUCCAGGUCUUUCUCCCAGUAAACAAACACGGAAUAUCCAAUCUUUCAGGAACCAGUUGAAGCUUGUCCUCAGGUCCAUUCGGUCCUCUGACUCUGGACAGUACUUCUGUACAGCUGAGAACACAGUGGGGAAGGCAUCAUCUCAGUCCAUCUUCAUCAAUGUUAAAUAUGCUCCAAAGCUUCCCUCUGUGUCAGUGAGUCCCUCUGCUGAGAUAGUGGAGGGCAGUUCAGUGACUCUGACCUGUAGCAGUGAUGCUAACCCAGCAGCUAACUAUACCUGGUACAAGGAGGAUGAAGACUCACCAAAAGCAUCAGGACAGAUCUUCACCAUCUCUAACGUCACAGCUGAACACAGUGGGAAUUAUUACUGUGAAGCCCAGAACACAAGAGGACGUCAUAACUCCACCUCACAUCUGGCUGUUGUAGCAGGAUCAUGGAUAUUAAUAACCGCGGCCACAGUCUCUGCUGUUGUUCUCGCUAUCAUACUCAUCUCCGUCUUCCUCUGGAUCAUGAAGAAGAGGGCCUCCAAGCAUCCGUCUGGAGAGACACCGGACACCAGGGAACAGUUACAACUAGCAGAGCAGCCGAACGAACUUCACUAUGCCACUGUCCGCUUUUCCAAAAACCCAGCUCAGCCCAGACGAUACGUAGAAGCAGAGAACGUCGUGUACGCUGUUGUAAAAUGUGACAAUGCCAGUCUGGCCUCGAGGUCCGAUCAGGAAGCUGUGGAGGAUCCAGCUGCGUUGUACAGCACAGUCAACAAAAAAAGAAAUCCCUAGUCCACUCUGCAUUCAUGACAUAUAUUUUCUUAAAGAUCUUUAUGAAAGGAAACCAGGUUGAGUUUAAAACAUGCUUCUUCUCAGUGCAGGCAUUAAAGCACAGAUUAAAGCUAUCUGUGUGGAAAAAAUGCACUUUUAGUGGAUGUAUUUUGACGUUGUUUGACGCUGUCUGAGUGCCCUAUUAUUUAAUAUAGCACGUGCUCAUGGGCUGCAGGCCGGUCAGCCCUAGCUUCGUACUGGAGAAAUGUCACAUAUUGAACAUCCUAUCACUCAUUUAGACAAAAGCAGAUCAGAAAAUAGGGCCCAGGUUGAAAAAAACAUUAGUUCCCCUUUAACAUGAUAUGCCCACCUGUUUUAUUCUAUACUUCUUUGUUUCCUUAACGUCAUGCAUUUAUCCUCUGCUCUGUCGUUUUUGUCUGUAUCCUGUUUGCUUUUUCUUAAAACAACAAUAACAGCAAAAAAGUACAAGGUUGGAAUGUUUUUUAUUCUCUGACUUCUAAAGUUUUGAGUCAGUUUGGUAGUUAUCCUCUUAAAACACACACACACACACACACACACACACACACACACACACGCACAUACACACACACACACACACAUGAAGUGAUAGAACUGGACUAAAAAUCAUAUUUCACCCUGUGAUUUUGCAGAAUGCAGCAGUGCACACUUCAGCAAGCUACAUGACCAUCUUAGCCAUACUAUAUAUGUUAACCUGCGUGCACCUUUUGUAAGAAUACAAAACAAAAAGCCUCAAUUAUUUUGGACUGAUGAAAAUGAGAAGUUGGACUGAGUAAUAAAGAACUCUUUGGGUUACAGUUUUGCUAUCCAAAAAGUGCAUGAUUGGACAACCUAUUGUGAGCCGACAAAUUUGCAUCAGGCAUAAAACACUCAGCAUGAAUCAGGAUGUAAG